AAACUUCUGAGUCAUUUAAAUAACGGUAACUUUGAGUGCGAUUUAAUCACAUUUGACUUCAACCACGAGUUGUGUCCAAACAUAAGGCGCGCAAACUUCUCAAUUCCCAUUUCCAAAGGCAUUGGAAUCGAAAUAAACUACGGAAACAGUCUUCUCGAUCAGACCGCCAGACGAUCACUGUUUGCGUUCUCACAACUUCUGGUCGAGAAGACCAGAUCCAGAAAUAUCAUACUCUCCUCCGGAGCUGAGACCAGCUUUGCGUUGAGAUCUCCCAAAGAUGUGACUUAUUUAGGAUUAAUGUUGGGAUUAAAUGGAGACCAAAGCAAAGCCGCUGUCUUUCGGAAUGCGUUCAAAAAAUUCGUAAAAAUGUGAACACGGGAACAAUUUGUUUGGCUUCUAAUGAAUGUCAACAAAAUGAGAGCCAAUGGCUUAACAAACAAUUCGCUUCCAAAAGAUCCGCUUCCGAAGAAACGGAUAAAACAAAAAAACGUAAAACAGAAAUGAUUUAAAUUGUAUUUUAUGUCGAAAAAUG